UCGUGAUAAUUGUAAAGCACUGUUUCAAAAACUUAUGUCAAACAUUUUGUUAAUUAUGGAACGCCAUUACUGCAUUGUAUUGUUAUGUAUAAAUUUAUAUGGCAAGUCUAGUGCCAUGUUUGUAAUAUAUUAUUGUAAUUUGUAAUUGUGUGCCAGUCUAUAGCACAUCUAAUUAAUGUCCGUUGUAGUGUAUGGCAUUAGAUAUUAUAUGGAUGCCAACUCUCAUAUAACGUUUGAUUUACAUUGAAUUUUGUUAAUUUGUAGUUGUUAAAAAUGGCUGCAGUUUAUCAUUUCCAUUACUAUAAUGUUUCAUCAUAUACUUUUCAUAUCUUUUUCAUACUUUAACUUUAGUCUUUUAAGUAAGUAAUCUUUGUAAUAAUGGAAGUAAUAAGUGACGUAUUUUAAUCAUGUGACGUAUGAACUUAGUAGCACAUAUGUUUUGUAUAAGUAGCACGUAUUAUUUAUGGGAGCCUACGGAGGUAUGGUGUACCCAAAGGAGCAGUUUUAUGCCCUGACUUAUUUGUUUUGCUAUGGUGCUUACCAUAUGUUAUAUAUUUUAGCUUCUUCCGCCAGACGAUUUUUCCUGGUGAUGUCAUAACCCGGAAGUACAAUGCCCGAGGUUCACUUGUCUUCACUCGCCUGGAUGUGAUAUUCCCAGCGCAGAGCUUACGUCCCAUGGUUGUGCCGUAAACCGCAAAGACGAUGAUUUUUGUUAUCCUCUGAAGUCAGCUCAGGGAUGCAAUCACCUACCACCAUAGGGAGCCAACACGGAAUCAACGUAUUCACGGUUUAAAGGGACUGAAUUUAGAAAUCUGUUUUGUUUGUGCUACUUAAAGUUCACAAUUACAUUAAAGACCUGUGUCACGUCAGAUUAGAAUGGACUAUAAGAACUUUUGUAUCUAGAGAUACUGAACUUUCCUUUUAUUUUUCUUUCUUAUAAUCAGUUUUUUUUCUUUUCAUAUCUAUUCAUUGUUAAUAAUCAUCUUAUGUAAAUAAAUUUGUAAAUAUUGUAAAGGGUGUUGAUUUGUUCUGAUGGUUACUGUCGCCGGUACGGCCUUUCCUGUCACAAUGGUGUCAGAAGUGGGAUUGGUCGACCAGACACAGUAGCUAUUCGAACAUUAUUAACACCCAUUUAACUGCAGCAAUAAUCUGUAAAGAUUCCUCUUGUUUUGUUCUAUUGGUACACAUAUAAUAGUUUUAUUCAUUUUUCAGAGUGACAUCUUACCUCAGACAAGACAAGACAGAUCCAUAGCUUCAGCUAACCAGCUUUAGUGGUCACAGAUUGAUAGACAGUUGUUUACGACACUUGGAUUCUGGGGUGAGUUCGUUCCUUUUAUUUUUCUUUUGGGUUUUUGUGUCACUCUAUGAUUAAGCCAUCAUAUAUCUGUGCUGAGAGUGACCGCCCUUGAAAAGGAGAGUUAUCCUACUCACUCUUACUUGUGCGUCGCCCUACUUCUCCCAGUGAUCCUAUUAGGUAUUAGUGUGCUGUAUACAUACCAGAUACAGUAUUAUUUUUUUUUUAUUUGUGUGUGUUAGCAAGCUAUUUUACUUGCAUAUACUUUUACCUACUUUUAAGUUUUAGUGCUACACAGUUGUGUUAUACCUAUACUUUAUCUUAGGAUAAAGCACUUUGAUUUAUUUUUGUUUAUUUGUUACACUAAAGUGUUAACACUAGUUACAGUUGACUGAUAUUUGAUAAGGCUAGGGUAUUGUUACAGCCUACUGUCACUGUACUUUGUUGAUUGUUGCCUAUGCAACCUUGAUUGACACAUAGUACUGUUGCGCAACUUAGUGUAUUAUUAUUUUAGUGAGGACGUUUGGUGUAGUAUAUACGUAGAGUAUAGUAUUUUGUUUUGGCUCCAGUGGUAACUGUAGAGCUUUAGUGUAAACUAGUGUAGUCUAGUAUUCCCUCACGAUUGUUUAUUUAGUGUCUCAGGUUGUUAUAGUAGCUGUAGUGCGUAGUGUUAUAUAGUGUUAACGUAGUGUAAUCAUGACUAGUGUAGUAGAGUUAACGAAGGUAGGAAAGGAGUUAGGUUAUGAAGGAGAGGAGUUACGUAACUUUGUUAAGGAAGAGCAGGCUAGGGAACGUGAUGAAAGACAUAGUAGAUUAGAAGCAGAGAAAGAUAGAUUAGAGUUAGAAGCUAGGUUGCAGAAGGAAAAGAUAGAAUAUGAACGUAAGUUAGAACAGGAUAAGUUAGAAAUGGAAAAGGAUAAGUUAAUGUUAGCUAGAAAAUUAGAAACAGAGAAGGAGGAAGCAGAAAGUAGGAAAUUAGAAACAGAGCAUAAGUUUAAGACAGACUUAGAAAAGAUGAGUAAGAAAAAGGUAAAGGUUAAGAUGACUCCCUUUGAUGAGAAAAUUGAUUCCAUGGAUGCGUACUUGAAUGUGUACGAAACGUACGCUGUUGCGCAGGAUUGGGAUAAAGAGAUAUGGUCACUUAACUUACCGUUCCUUCUAAAGGGUACGGCAAGAGAGGUUUUUGAUAGGCUUCCGUUGGAAGAUAGGAAGGAUUAUGAUAAACUGAAAGCCGCUUUGCUACGUCAGUUCGAACUCACUGACGAUGGCUAUAAGAAAAAGUUUAGAACUGAGAGGCCUCGGGAUAAUGAGACCUUUGUGAUGUUUCUAGCCAGAAUAAGUAGAUAUUUAGAUGGUUGGCUUAGAUUGAGUAAGGUAGAGAAAACGUACGAAGGAUUGUUAGAUUUUAUUCUUAGGGACCAAUUUUUAGAUGUAUGUAAUAGAGAACUAUACCAGAAUUUGAGUAGUAAGAAGUUAGUUAAAGCUAAGGAUGUAGCAGAAGAUGCAGAUUUGUUUGCAAAGACUCGAGGAGGUCCCAAGUAUGUCGUGAAUCGAACCAAUAAGGACCGGAGCUAUAAACCAUAUGAAAUACCUCAGAGACAGUAUCCUAGUAGUCGUAAUGUAGGCACUAGUAAUAGAGGUAGUAGCAAUGUUGCUAAUAGAGGUAGAGGUUAUCAACCUUUUGGUGUACUGAAGUGUUAUAAGUGUGGUCGAAUAGGGCAUAGCUCAUAUUACUGUAGGAGUGGAAAGUACGGCGGUAAUAGUGCCAAUGCAGCAGCAGAGUUAGAAGUAGAGCAGGAACAGGAAAGUAGUAAAGGGGAGAAUAGAAUAGUAAGGAAAAUAGAAAUAGAGGUAGAGGCCGUGACCGAUCUAGGAGUAGAGGUAGAGGAAGAAAUAGAGAUAGAGAUAGGAGUAAGUCAAGUAGGUCAGAGAGUGGAAAUAGUAUUAUAGAACU